AUGACCUCAGCACAGCUCCUUACCAGACACAGCGGACAGUCCCAGCCACACAGCGGACACAAUAGCCUCCACAGUGGUGCACGCGCUCAGUGCAGACCGAGAAUUAUGGAGCAAGGACCUUACAAGUACAUGCGGGACGGCAAUGGCAAGGUGUGCCGGGUCAUCCGCAUUGGAACCCGCAAGAGCCAGUUGGCUCGCAUCCAGACUGACAGCGUGGCGGCAAAGUUGAAAGAACUGAACCCUGACAUCAACUUGGAAAUAGUUGCCAUGUCAACAAUAGGAGACAAAAUCCUUGACACAGCUUUGUCUAAGAUUGGAGAGAAGAGUUUGUUCACCAAAGAGUUGGAGAAUGCCCUGGAGAGGAAUGAGGUUGAUCUGGUUGUUCACUCGCUGAAAGACCUUCCCACCACUCUGCCUUCAGGAUUCACCAUCGGGGCCGUGCUGAAGAGAGAAAACCCCCAUGAUGCAGUCGUUUUACACCCAAAACAUGUAGGGAAAACUCUUGACACUCUGCCAGAAAACAGCGUGAUUGGCACCAGUUCACUGCGCCGCGCCGCUCAGCUGAAGAAGAGAUUCUCCCACCUGGAGUUCAAAGAUAUUCGUGGGAACCUGAACACACGUCUGAAGAAGCUGGAUGAGAAGGCGGACUUUGCUGCCAUCAUCCUGGCUGCCGCCGGCCUCAGGAGAAUGGGUUGGGACAACCGGAUCAGCCAGAUCCUUGGACCUGAAGACUGCAUGUAUGCUGUUGGACAGGGGGCUCUUGCAGUGGAGGUUCGGGCCAGAGAUGCAGACAUCCUGGAGAUGGUGUCUGUCCUCCAUGACCCAGACACUGUGCUACGCUGCAUAGCUGAGAGAGCUUUCCUCAGACACUUGGAGGGUGGGUGCAGUGUUCCGGUGGCUGUACACACCGAAGUGAAGGACUCCCAGCUCUACCUGACGGGGGCAGUGUACAGCCUGGACGGCUCAGACAGUCUGAAGGAAACCAUGCAGACUAGCCUUGCUGCUGAUGACAAGAGCAUAGAGGAGGUGGACGAGCAGUCCCAGCGGGUGGGAGUGACAGCCAGAAAGAUUCCUGGUGAAGCCCAGGACAGGGCUGAGCAGCUGGGGAUCGACCUGGCCAACUUACUGCUGAGCAAAGGAGCCAAGGAGAUCCUGACAGUGGCCAGGCAGCUCAACGACGCCAGAUAAUCCCGCCCUGCUCAGGGGGCAGGGCUCCGGAGGUGGCCAGGUCCUCACGUGCAGUCAGUCACAGCCUUGUGUCAAGAAAAAAACUUGAAUUCCUUUUUAUUUUACACAUUUGAAGUUGCGGCAGAACAAUUAAUUAAAAGUGACUUACAGUGGCACCAGGUGAUCUCAGUAACUGGCAGAUUUUAAACACUACUCGGACCAAAGCUCAGUGGGGUAAAAACUUACUGGGAUUAUCAGUGAAAAGCACAAAAUGGCCUUUAAAUAAUGUCGUCGACACUUACAGUACCAUCACUGGCUGAUAUCCUCAUGGUGAAACUGUUUUUUUUUUUUUUUUAAGUGUGUCAGUAUAGUAGCAUUAUCUGUAAAAGGGAUGCCACUACAAUUCAGCAUUUUCAAAAUAUUUCCCUCCCAACCCAGGAUGUUUCAUCAGCCUUUGUUAAUUUUCCCCACAUGCAGAUAAAAAGAGGAGUUAACCCAGAGUUCCUCUUUCAGCUCUUCGUUGCAUUGCUAUUUGGAAACGCUGACGUUUGAUGGAACCAAAGAUGAGUUUCAGAGCAUGUGUUCACAUGUUGUAGUUCAGAGCAGCUAACACUACGGAGAAAUCGGCCUUGUUGACGUGUGAAGAGUUAAGAAAUGCCAAUCAUAAUCUCUAUGACUUUCUUUCUUGAGCUACUCCCUGAGCACAAGUACUGUACAGUAGGUCUCGGAUUGAGUGGUGUUUUAUCAUAUUGGCUUCCUGGAAAAAUAAGUUCACUUCUUCAUUCAGCUCAUGUCGAAUGGAACAUUUUCAACUGAGGAGGUUCACUGCUUUUAAGAAUAUGUUACAGAGAGAGAAUAUAUUUAUUAUACAUGAUGAGAAGCUGGAGGCUUUUUUUUGUUUACCCCACCUGUGGCCCAGCUAGUGAUGCUUAGAUGUACAGCUGCUUUGUACUGAACCUAAUAUGAAAUGCAGUCCCACUGCAUGACUGGAGAUUACUUGUUUAACACUGGAGCAGUCCCGGCAUCCCGGUUUUUAGUUUUCAGCUCAGAUAUUCUUUUGCAUAGAAUCAGUUGCUCCUGAUCAUGCUUUGCCGAUAUUGCAUCUGUAAUGCGUUAUCACUAAAGAAUGGCUUGCAGCAACACGUCAAGCAUCAACUGUGAGCUUGUGAUUUUUAAAUGCCAUGUCCAAUUGUGGAUACACAGUUGAAUAAUCAACUGCUCAAAAUGUAAAAAAAAAACAGAGCAGAGCAGCCAACCUAGCUAUUGGCUUUCAUGUACUGGCUAUAGGUUGAUUUACUGUUUUGCUGAAGAUGCAAACUAAUGUUGAUUUAACUGAAAACAAUUACAGAUUAUUUCCAUAAACCAUCUCCAACAAUGUUUUACAGCUGUAUUGCUACACUCAUUACACUGACUGACUGGCCGUUACGGUCUCAUUCAUUCAGAUAGUAUGUUGUAGUGUAGUUCUAAUAAAGCACUGUUUCAUUCAACACACAAAACAAAAAUGAAACCCCUUAUUGCAUAAUUCUAGCUUCUGCAUCUCAGAAUUAUAACAUAGCGCUCUUAAUUAUGAGGUGAAGAUCUUGUCAACAUGGGAAAUUAUUCUCGUAAUUUUGACUUCGUAUCCUAAUGACAACAUCCAUAUCUCCUAAUUAUCGGUAUAAUAAUAAUCGGUUUUUCGUUAUUAUGAGAUAUGGACCUCAUACUUAUGGUACAUUUUUCUUUUAAUUAUUAGACCGUUUAUCAUCAUUUUCCUUUUUCUUUCUUACGAGACUAAGUUAUUAUGAGAAUAGAUACUUUUGUGAAUGCAAUGCACGUCUGUAUGGUUCAUCCACAGCUAUUCAAAAUGCUUGUUUUUAUGAAAUUAACAACGAAAUGACCAUUUGUUUUUGCUGUACUGUUUCAUAUAAAAUGUACUGUACUUCACAUAUCAAAAACAUAUCAAAAACGGAAGUUUUUGCAAAAACAGAUUUUCGAAAGCAACAGAUUUCCAAACUCGUUCACCUUAAUGACUUGCUUUAGUUUCUAUCAAAGUGCCAUCUCAGUAAAUGUAUCAUUUCCGCAUAUAUUUAUCUUAUUGUUGUUUAUCUUCCUUCAUUCUACUUCAGUUCACCAGCUGUAUUUGUGGGAUGCCAUAUUAUACUUCUUUUUAUUUUAUAGUUCUUUAUUUUAAUAUUAUACUUAAUUUAAACCUUGUGAGGCAACGUUUGCCAUAUUUUUCCAGCUUUAAUUUCUACCUAGAAUGUUUCUGUAUUUAGAAUUAUUUACAGUACUUCACAAUUACAAGAACAUUAAUCUGUUAAUUCCAAAAUAUUCAUGAGUUUUUGUUUUCCAGCUAUGUGAACAUUGUGUCAAAUGAAACCGUUGUCAAGAAACAAAUGUCAAUAAAGCUGUGUUAUAUCUGUC